AAUUCCACACCGAAUCCCUUGCUGUCGAGGGAAUGGGCCCGAAUUGUACUUGAUGAAGCACACCACAUUAGGGAUCGAUCGAAUAAGAUUUUUCAAUCCAUGUGUGCUAUACCCGCUAAGCGAAGAUGGUGCUUGACAGGAACUCCAAUCUAGAAUCGGCUCGACGAUUACGGGUCCCUCUUAACAUUCAUUGGCAGUACUCCGUUUGGUGACAAGCCAAUGUUUGACUAUUGGAUCGCCGGACCGCUCCGAAACGAACAACCAGAGGGGCUCAGGCGGCUCCGCCGGCUUGUGGCAUCAUCCUGUCUCCAAAGGACAAAAACCAGCAUUUGGGAUGAGCUCAAAAUACCACCGAGGAUUGAGAAGGAACAUCUUGUGUCACUAGACCAGAAAGAUCGAGAACUCUACGAAUUCUUCAGGUCCAAAAUAUCCAGCUUUGUAUCUGGGGCUUUCUCGGAUAACAGCACAGGAAGCUCGCACCCAUCCGGACAUAUUCUUCCGCUUAUCAACACGUUGCGUCUGAUUUGUAACCAUGGCGAAAGCCUUGUUCCAUUAAGGAUGCAGCAGGCUUGGAGUCAGCAAUUCGUCUCGGAAAACUUUCAAGGCAGAAUCGAGAACGGAUUGACCAAUUGCGAUUCUUGUAAUAUUGAAGUAUCCUCAGAUGGGGUCUUUUCUGAAUUUGGAUGUAUUCAUGUCCUAUGUAAUUCAUGUACUAACGCAGACGAUGGGAAAACAUCAUCCGCUCAUCAGAUUGCAUGCCCGAUCUGUACCGAAACGCAGUCAGGGACAGAUAUGAUGUUGCAGGGCUCAACUUAUGAGCCUUCGGCUAAAGUCAAAGCACUUAUCGCCAACCUACGUGAAGAGCAAAGACUAAACUCAAUUGGCACGAAUGAAAAACCCGUGAAGAGUGUUGUUUUCACGUUCUGGACACGGAUGCUAGACCUUCUCGAGAAUGCACUCCUUCAAAGCGGCUUCUCCUUUACGAGGGUAGAUGGGCAGAAGUCUUCCUCGCAAAGGGCAUCCGCUCUAUCCGAAUUUGACGAAGUCGGUAACUGUACAGUUAUGAUCGCUACCAUAGGAAGUGUUAGUGAGGGGGUCGAUCUUACUGCGGCUAAUUAUAUUCAUCUUAUGGAGCCUCACUGGAAUCCAAUGCUAGAAGCCCAGGCUCUAGACCGAGUCCAUCGAAUGGGCCAAAGGCGAGAUGUGGUAGCAACUCGAUACAUCGUUCCCUAUUCUAUUGAGGGCUACGUCCAGGAUGUCAAAGAAAAAAAGCUCCAGCUCGUUAAUAAGUCCCUUGGAGGAGGAGGCGCUACCGCUGAUGAGAUAAGACUGGAUUGGAAGAAGCAUCUGUUGAAUUACUUAGAGUGAACCCAGUACCUCUGCAGCUGGAUGUAGGAUAUAGAAUACUAGGAACAAAAGAGUUAUAUAUCUACC